AUGAAGUACGUCGCACUUCUUAGCGGAGGGAAAGACAGUUGUUACAACUUGUCCCACUGCAAUGCACACGGCCACGAACUCGUAGCUGCGGCAACCCUCUCCCCCCAAUCUGGCAAAGAUGAGAUCGACUCGUAUAUGUACCAGACAGUAGGCCAAGAUGCCAUCGAAUUUGUAGCUGGCGCACUCGACGUUCCGCUCUAUCGACGUGUCAUACAAGGCGAUCCUAUCGAGCAAAAUGCAGAAUAUGGUUCGCGCAGUGCUGGGGGAGCUGGCGUGUUGGGAGACGAGACGGAGGACCUCUAUACCCUAUUGGAGGAUGUGAAGGCUCACCACCCAGACGUGCAGGGCGUGUCAGUCGGAGCUAUUCUCUCAAAUUACCAACGCGUUCGCGUCGAACACGUGUGCCGUCGUCUCUCCCUGACACCCUUAGCCUACCUUUGGCAGCGCGACCAAGCCGAGCUGCUGUCCGAGAUGAUCGCAGCCGGGAUCAAAAGUGUGCUCAUUAAAGUAGCAGGCAUCGGUCUGACAGUAAAGCACCUAGGAAAAACAUUGCACGAAAUGCAAGACACCCUCACACGCUUGAACAGCCUUUAUGGUUUGCAUGUCUGUGGUGAAGGUGGAGAGUACGAAACUCUUACUCUUGACAGCCCACUGUUCAAGCAUCGUAUCGUGCUCGAUGAAACAGAAGUCGUGAUGCAUACAGACAAUGAAUUCGCACCUGUUGCAUAUUUACGUAUCAAACGAGCAUCGCUUCACCCUAAGGAAUCGUCUACGGAUGGCAGGGUCGAGAUUCCUCCGCUCUUGGAAGAUAGGUUCGGUGAAUUGAAGAACACUGUCGAAAGUUCAAUCCUAGAGUAUAUAAACGGCUCUAGAAGCGUAUAUGAACUCCUCGCUAACAAACCACAUCACACUCCAGACCAUCCAUCGAUACGUGCUAUCGGGUCAUGGCUCGCAGUCGGAAACAUCCACCCAGAACCAACUCUAGACUCGGAAAUACCCCUCGAUCAACAAGUCCGCAAGUGCUUCAUUCAAUUACAAGGAAUUUUGGAAUCGCGCGAUCUGCGCAUGGAAGAUGUGACUAAUAUUACACUCUUGCUACCUUCUCUCGCUCCCGAGGUCUUCGCCGCUGCAAACAAGGCAUACGCCGAGUUCUUUGGUGUUUCACCUCCUUCCAGGGCUUGUGUGGGCGUGGAUCUUUCCGAGGGUGUGUGUGUGAUGCUUGAAUGCGUCGCGCGCAAGGAUAUCAAAACGCGGAAAGCGCUCCAUGUACAGGGUCUAAGCUACUGGGCACCCGCUAAUAUUGGUCCUUAUUCACAGGCCAUCACAGUGGAGCCGUAUGUUUUCAUAUCCGGUCAGAUCGGUCUACUCCCGCCAUCUUUGACGCUCCCUUCCCCACCCUCAUUAGCGCUUGAAACUGCGCUAGUGUUUCAGCACACAGAUCGCGUCAUCCGUGCGGCUAAUAGCACGGGAGGGCAUGUCCUGCUCUCGCUUUAUUGGCUUGUGAAUGAAGAUGAUGUCAAACACAUUCGUCGGGCUUGCGAAAAAUUUGGCGAGGGAGCGCCAACGCUGUUCUUGGUGGUCGCGUCCCUCCCGCGCGGCGCACGCGUCGAGAAACAAGUCUUGGUGCAUACCGGUAACUUCACGGUUCCAGAUGAAGACGACGAAGACACGUUCACCCAGAUAUCUCGCGCUCCGGAUUUUUUGUCUGGGGAUAUUGAUGCCAAGACUGUGGCAGCGGUAGCAUCUAGGCCGUCCGUAUUAAACUGGCAGGUGUCUCGGUUUGACGUGUCAGGGACCUCACCGCCGUGUAUGGUUAUCUGCGCUCGUGGAUAUCCAUCGCAGGAGGAUGCGCUGGAACUUAGAAACUUAUCGUCGCUCAUUGCAUUUUGGGAAACAGCGCUCUCAGCGAGAUUGUUUCACAGAGUGGACGCAGAUUUUUUGACUAGUUGGUCAUCAGUGUCGCAUAUACUAUUUGGAGACGCGAAUAUGCCUGCCGUCACGUCCAUCCCCUGCCGAUAUAUCGGCACUCGGGGGAGUGAUGAACAGUGGGAUUGGGGGGUAGCCCUCACAGGCGUCUCAUAA